UUGGCAGUGUGUGGAGUCAUUUUGUGCAGCUUGACGGUUGUAGUGGAAGUCUGGACUCGGCUCCUCACCGACUGACUGAACCAAGUUGCUGCUCGCUGGUGCCAACGCCCGGCGAAACAGACAGCUAACGUUAGCUAGCAGAGAUACGGAGGGACCCUGCUAACGUAAUCGCCAGCAGCAUCAGAAAGCACAGAGAUGCAGACUAUCAAGUGUGUGGUGGUGGGUGAUGGAGCAGUGGGUAAAACCUGCCUUUUGAUUUCAUACACCACCAACAAAUUCCCCUCUGAAUAUGUACCAACAGUGUUUGACAACUAUGCAGUAACUGUAAUGAUCGGGGGUGAACCAUACACCCUCGGCUUAUUUGAUACAGCAGGUCAGGAGGAUUAUGACAGGUUACGACCACUAAGCUACCCACAGACCGAUGUCUUCUUAGUGUGUUUUUCAGUUGUUUCACCUUCCUCAUUUGAGAAUGUUAAAGAAAAGUGGGUCCCUGAAAUAACUCACCACUGUCCCAAGACCCCGUUCCUGUUGGUAGGCACUCAGAUCGACCUGCGUGAUGACCCCUCUACAGUGGAGAAGCUAGCCAAGAACAAACAGAAGCCAAUCACCCCUGAGACAGCAGAAAAGCUGGCUCGUGACCUUAAGGCAGUCAAAUACGUCGAGUGCUCUGCCCUAACACAGAAAGGAUUAAAGAAUGUGUUUGAUGAGGCAAUACUGGCUGCCCUGGAGCCUCCUGAACCUAAGAAAAGGCGUAAAUGUGUUCUGCUCUAAGUUUCAUCACAGUCUUCUUCACACCACUUUCCAAAUGUAGGUUAACAGUACUGAGGAGGUUUUUACAUUCCAUCAUGAGUUAAGAUAUUAUGAAAUAUUAGCAUUCUCACUCACUUAUUCUAAAACAUUUUAAUGUGCUGAUUUUAAGAGUGAGUAACAUUUGAUGCUGUUUGUGAUAAUUUGCUGCCAUUGAAAUGGUCCUAGCUGGUGUGAGCACUGAACGUUAAAUCUAUCAGCAAAUUGUGAAGGACACUUUGAAUUAUCGUUUCUGUUCAACCACAUUAUGUUUAGUUCCAUUUGCAGAGGCAUUUUUACACCUGACUAUGAAAAGGUAUUUUAAUAGAGCUGUUGUUUCAACUGUUCUGUAAUAACAAACAAAGCUGAUGACAACAGAUUAGUGAAAUGCUCAAAUUCUGCUUUAACUCCCUUAAAGUUUAUCUUUUAUAAGAUGCAUUCAGUCAUUGCACACAAAACGGCAUCUGGUUGACAUAGCACCAGUUGUGUAUCAGCUACAGCCACGGAAUUCAAAUAGUCUAUUAUCCUUUUUUUUUCUUUUUCGGAAUGAUACAUCUUUGAAAGUAUUUUGCUCAAUUUCAACAUAGCCUUCAGGCAGAUCUAUGAAAUAUAAGAUGGAAUAUGACAUUUCUAGGCUAUGCCUUAAGUUUGGUCUGAUUUGCCAAAUGAAAACCUGGUAAGUUGAUGCCUGACAAAGUAUCUACAGAGCGAACAGAGAAAUGGAAAAUGUUUGGUACACUGCACUGACGGCUGUGUGCCAAAAAAGUCAAUUUAAGUAACUACAUGCAAGAAGUUUGAGCACAAUGAUUUCCCAAUCAUUUACUUUUUGUGACGGGGGGGGGGGGGUAAGACGUAGGUGAUGUAUGUCUUAAAUGAUGAAAAGUUGCAGUCGGUGAUCUUUGUAGGAGCUUGUCCACUUGUAAUGCCAGGCUGAUGAGCUAUUUUGUGAACUAAAUAUACCUGCUGUUACAAUGCAGCAUCAUUAACAGAUCCUGUGAAAAUUGUUAAAUGACUGAACUAGUGAUAUUUGUCUUUACUACAUCCAUACCGAGACUGUGGGCUUGAAUUUGAUUUGUAAAUAUAGUGAGAAUAACUCAUAACUUAUUGACUGAAUAAAACGUGUGCAGUACUGAUAAGAUGUAGAGAAGCAGAGAUGACACUCAAAUCUAACCACAGAAAUGUUUCUGAGUCUUUCAUUUUUGUUCAAUUUGACAUCAAAGUUGUACUGUAUCUUGCUUGUAAUAAAGCAUCACAAUAAACCAGUAUUAUGAUUAAAUCUUAA